AUGGAUGUUGUUUAGCUCUGUGGAGGAUUUGGUGAAUCUGGUUGAAAGCGAAACGUUGUCUCUCAGUGAGCCGCUGGUCUGAGUCUCGGGUGGAAACCCCACUCAGAAUGUGAUUCCCUGUAUUAGUGACGGGAACUGGGGGGAAGGGGACUCCCAUGUGAGAUUGGGGGGGACAGGUGCCAUAAAAUGUCGGCUCAUGGUGUGAAGUGCAAUGUCAGCCUUGUCCUGCAGUGUGAGUGGGGCUCCUGUACCUAUGUGUCCUCCAAGAUGGAAGACUUCUGCUCCCAUGUGUCUGACCAUCUCAGGGUGAACGUUGUGCUCAAAGAGGAGGAAGAUAUGGCCUGUGAAGAUGAGUUUUGCUGCCUGUGGCAGGCCUGUGGCUUCUUCUCUCCAGACAAGCCUUUAGAUCUCGCUCGCCAUGUUUAUUUCCACUGUUACCAUACUAAGUUGAAACAGUUGGGUCAUCAGGCUCUGCAAAACCAGCCGGGCCUCACCCCCUGCCAGUUGGAUACUCAGAGCAGGAACUUGAUUCCCGAAGUACAUGACAGCUUCAUUUGCAUGUGGGACCAAUGUGAGAGCUCUUUUGACAAUGCAGAGUGGUAUUACAGACAUGUGGACUCUCAUGGUUUGAGCACUGAAUAUGAGGAGAACAAGAUGCUGCUGUGCGGCUGGAAAGAUUGUGACUGCUCAAUUAAGAGUCGCUGCAAGCUGAGGGAGCACCUGCGGAGUCACACCCAAGAAAAAGUGGUAUCCUGCCCCAAUUGUGGAGGGAUGUUUGCAAACAAGACUAAAUUUUAUGAUCAUUUCAGAAGACAAACAUCAUUGGACCAACAUCGAUUUCAGUGUUCCCACUGCUCGAAGAGAUUUGCAACAGAGCGUCUGCUGCGUGACCACAUGCGCAACCAUGUGAAUCAUUACAAGUGUCCACUGUGUGACAUGACAUGCCCACUACCUUCAACAUUGCGGACUCACAUACGUUUCCGACACAGUGAUGAACGCCCAUACAAAUGCCAGCAUUGUGAUUACAGCUGCAAAAAUAUGGUGGACCUGCGAAGGCACUUAGAUACACACAGCAAAUUGCCAGCAUACUGUUGUGAUUUUGAAGGGUGCACAUUCAGAGCUCGUUCUCUAUCUUCUAUCAAGGCUCACUACAGGAAGGUGCAUGAGGGGGAUUCAGAACCCAGGUACAAAUGUCAUGUGUGUGAGAAAUGCUUCACCCGUGGAAACAAUCUGACAGUUCAUCUGCGCAAAAAGCACCAGUUCAAAUGGCCCUCAGGGCAUCCACGUUUCAGGUAUAAGGAGCAUGAUGAUGGCUUUUUGCGCCUUCAGUUGGUGAGAUAUGAAAGCGUGGAGCUGACUGAGGCGCUAAUGGAAGAGCGUGAGAAACAGUGGGCACCCCUGGAUUCUGUGUCCACUUGCCUCGUGCUGAGCCCAGGCGGCAGUACCGGAUCUGACGGAGAGGGUUACGUGAGGACGACGGUGGAGAAAGAUUUUGUGUUAUUGCCAGAAUGAAUGUAUCCAUGAAUAUUACUUCGGAUUAUUGUACAAUAGUCUCAGUAGGCCUUCUCCAGAACUGGCAGGCCAGCAAAUUGUGAAAGAAGCAGCCUAAACCUCACUAAAUUACAAAACCAAGGGGUUGGAUUUACUUUAACAUUACCUCAUCUUGUAGAGAGCAUGCUACAGGAUCCAACUUGUAUGAGUGCUGUCUUUUCAUUGAGAUGGUUUUUAUUCCAGAUCAAGUUCUCAAGUCCUUCAAACAGCUGUCUCUGUGACAGCACAACAAAGUUGUCUACGCUACAAUUUAUAUUUACACAAAAGAACACAGACAUCAAUAUGGAUGUAUCAGACAUUCCCUAUUUAAUAAAUUACUCUUUAAUUAUAAAACAGUUUCAACAACCAGUUUACUAAGGGCACAUGUCAGGUCCUUACAAACAUUAGGCCAACCUCACUUUAGCUUUGAGAAUAGUGCAUGUGGGAUUACUUUCAGUUUUGUAAAAAUUCCUCUAUGAGCAAUUUUAGUCUGCCCAAAGCCUCACAUUAAUUUAUUGCUGGAGAUGUUUUUCAGACAUGGAAAUGGCAUCUCGAUCAGGAAGAUCUAGAGUCAGAUAAUACUUGCCUCGGAUAUAACCUACUUGGAUAUGUGCAGAUAUCAUGUUCUCCUGAAGUUUUAUUGAAAUAUAAAUAUUUCACAAAUCCCCAUUUCCUUCCAUUUUAUAUUUAAAAUUGUGCACAUGACUAGAUGGAUGAAAUGUCUACUUUGUCUAACAAACCAAGACAUAAUAUUUGAUUUGCUUUAUGAUUUGAAUGGAAUGUUAAUAAAAUUCUGCUUUUGAUUUUGGGAAA